CCGGAAACAAGCACAGCUCAUAUGUUUCACAACCUGCCCAAAACUCAGCCAGCCAUCUUUUGUGAAAAAUAGUUUUAUUCGUGUCGUCAGGGUAAAUUUCAUAAUUGUAAUUAAUGUCAGAGCCACAGUCUUCGCUUUUGUUAAAAAAGCAAUUAGCAGAACUGAACAAAAAUCCAGUAGAAGGGUUUUCUGCUGGGUUGAUAGACGACAAUGACAUAUACAGAUGGGAAGUUCUUAUUAUUGGGCCACCGGACACAUUAUAUGAGGGUGGAUUUUUUAAGGCACAUUUAUAUUUUCCAAAAGAGUAUCCUUUGAGGCCACCACGGAUGAAAUUUGUGACUGAAAUUUGGCAUCCGAAUAUUGAAAAGAAUGGUGAUGUUUGCAUUUCAAUAUUGCAUGAACCGGGUGAUGACAAAUGGGGCUAUGAGAAAGCAUCGGAGCGAUGGUUGCCCGUACACACAGUGGAGACAAUCCUGAUUAGCGUUAUAUCAAUGCUAGCGGACCCUAAUGAUGAGAGCCCUGCUAAUGUAGAUGCUGCGAAAGAAUGGAGAGAAAGAUAUUCGGAUUUCAAAAAGAAAGUUGCCAGAUGUGUUAGGAAAAGUCAAGAAGAUUGCUUUUAGGAGAGAAUGAAAUUUUGUAAAAGGCACAGAAAAAGGGACACGUGACAUACAAUAAAACAAACAAAACAGCAUAAUAAUAUCACUUUAGGUCACACACUCCAACUGGCACAACACAAACUACAAUCAGUUGUUGAUGUGUGCUUAUUAUGAUUUUUUUUACAGAAGGAAUGGCGAGAGUCAUAUUCGGAGUUUAAACGAAAAGUAGCACAGUGUGUGAGAAAGAGUCAAGAGGAUUGUUCCUAAAUAACAGUGCCCUUUUUCAUUGGUUUGUUUGGAUAGUGAGUGUUUGGUGAUGCAAUGGGCGUCCGGUGACUCGCAGUCACGAACAGCCACUUAUAAAGUGCAUGCCCCAACAUCUGGGCCAGAGACAAUAUUGAAAUUGAAUUUUAACAAAUACUUAUUGUAAUAAAAUGGUAUCGCUGCCGUAUUGUAAUAAUAAAUUUAAAGUAGAAAUCAAGGUCUUUUUCAUCUUUUUUAAGGCAUGAUAGCUAGCUAUUGUUAUAUAAAUAAAAUGUGUAUAACUUUUUUUAUAGAAAACGACUCUGCAUUUGUUCUUUCACUUAAAAUUUAAAAUUCAAAUGUGAUCUCUUUGUAGUUAAAACCAAAUCAAAAAUAAUAAUAAAUAAUUUAUUUUUGUCGCGAAUGUAUAGUGAUGAAUGACUCCAAACUGACAAUAUUGCAAAUGCUGAAUAAAAUAAUUCAUUUAUCUGUUAAUUUUGAGUUACCUUAAAGUGAUCGGUUUAUAUUGAUUGCUAACAACUGAUUCGUUUAGUUUUUUAACCUAGUAUUAAUUUUUUAGUAAAUCGUUACUGUAAUAUGAUUUCAAUAAUUCAGAUCUAAUCGAUUUGCACCUUGCCCAUAUAUUGCACUUGUUCAUAGAACAAUGGAAUUCAUGUAGUAUAUAUAUAAAAACUGUUUAUAAAUUUAAUUAAGAUUGUAUUACAGGCAUAACACUUGCUUCUUAAAGUUUAGAACAAAAUUGUAAGUGCAAAUGGUAAGAAUAAUCUAAUAAUGUAUUAUUUUUUUCAUGUACGGUGGCAAAUAUUUAUUUCUUUUGCAUUGGUAAUAUUUUGAAUGUAAUUUUUUAAUCCUGGUUCCUGUGACAAUGAUCAAAAUAUAUAGCAAUACUAUUAGUAAAUUUAUGUUAGUAUGACUACAAAUCAUAUUAUAACACACUGAAAUUUUGAUUUGUAAGGUGUGUACAAUAUUUUAUCUGUAUGUAUAUUUUUUUAAUAUAAAAUCAUAAUGCAGUGAAA